AUGAGGAGCGAUGCUUGCAAGUCUAAGAAGUUCGAGAAGGGGCUUAAGCCUAAAAUUAGUGCCAUGAUGGCCAUUUUGGACAUUCAAUCAUAUGCCCAGAUGGUUCAGAAGGCCAAGACUGUGGACGAUCAACUGAAAGAGAAGACUCUGGUAUCACAAGGGUCAGGUACCUUAUCUAUAUCAUCUUCGUCUGCUCAUGCAUUAUUUGAUUCCGGUGCAUCACAUUCUUUCAUUUCAAAUGCUUUUGUUGAUAAGAUGGAUGUACCCCCGAAGAACCUAAGGCACAAUAAGAAAGGGAGGUUGAGCCCUAGGUACAUCGGACUGUAUGAGAUUCUUACUAGAAUCGGACCGGUAGAAUACAGAUUGGCCCUGCCACCAUCUUUGGAAGGCAUCCACAAUGUGUUCCAUGUAUCUAUGCUGAAGAAGUACAUUUUAAACCCAACACCCGUCCUAUCUGUUGAAUCGGAGAAACUUGAAACUGCUAUGUCAUAUGAGGAACGACCUGAAAAAAUUUUGGACUAUAAGGAGCAUAAUCUCCGCAACCGUACUAUGACAUAUGUUAAGGUAUGGUGGAGAAAUCACACACCUGAGGAAGCAUCUUGGGAGCGUGAAGAGGAGAUGUGGGAAAAUAUCCUCAUCUCUUUGGCUUACAAGCUACGUUAA